UAUAUAUUACACACCACACAUGACUAGUGACUAGUCACUAUUGACAUACUAGUCAGUAGUGUCUACUAUCUAUAUAUUACACACCACACAUGACUAGUCACUAGUAACUACUGACAUACUAGUCAAUAGUGUCAGCACACAUGUCGGGAGAAGCACCGAGAAGCCCUCCACAGUCACUACAAUCAGGUUGCCACAGUCACUACAAUCAGGUUACCACAGUCGCUAAAAUCAGGUUACCACAGUCACUACAAUCAGGUUGCCACAGUCGCUACAAUCAGGUUGCCACAGUCGCUACAAUCAGGUUGCCACAGUCGCUACAAUCAGGUUGCCACAGUCGCUACAAUCAGGUUACCACAGUCACUACAAUCAGGUUGCCACAGUCGCUACAAUCAGGUUGCCACAGUCGCUACAAUCAGGUUACCACAGUCACUACAAUCACGUUGCCACAGUCGCUACAAUCAGGUUGCCACAGUCACUACAAUCAGGUUGCCACAGUCGCUACAAUCAGGUUGCCACAGUCGCUACAAUCAGGUUGCCACAGUCACUACAAUCAGGCUGCCACAGGCGCUACAAUCAGGUUGCCACAGUCGCUACAAUCAGGUUACCACAGUCACUACAAUCAGGUUACCACAGUCGCUACAAUCAGGUUACCACAGUCACUACAAUCAGGUUGCCACAGUCGCUACAAUCAGGUUGCCACAGUCACUACAAUCAGGUUGCCACAGUCGCUACAAUCAGGUUGCCACAGUCACUACAAUCAGGUUACCACAGUCACUACAAUCAGGUUGCCACAGUCGCUACAAUCAGGUUGCCACAGUCACUACAAUCAGGUUGCCACAGUCGCUACAAUCAGGUUGCCACAGUCGCUACAAUCAGGUUGCCACAGUCGCUACAAUCAGGUUGCCACAGUCGCUACAAUCAGGUUGCCACAGUCACUACAAUCAGGCUGCCACAGGCGCUACAAUCAGGUUGCCACAGUCGCUACAAUCAGGUUGCCACAGUCGCUACAAUCAGGUUGCCACAGUCGCUACAAUCAGGUUGCCACAGUCGCUACAAUCAGGUUGCCACAGGCGCUACAAUCAGGUUGCCACAGGCGCUACAAUCAGGCUGCCACAGUCGCUACAAUCAGCUUGCCACAGGCGCUACAAUCAGGUUGCCACAGUCACUACAAUCACGUUGCCACAGUCGCUACAAUCAGGUUGCCACAGUCGCUACAAUCAGGUUGCCACAGUCGCUACAAUCAGGUUGCCACAGGCGCUACAAUCAGGUUGCCAAAGUCGCUACAAUCAGCUUGCCACAGGCGCUACAAUCAGGUUGCCACAGUCGCUACAAUCAGGUUGCCACAGGCGCUACAAUCAGGUUGCCACAGUCGCUACAAUCAGGUUGCCACAGUCGCUACAAUCAGGUUGCCACAGGCGCUACAAUCAGGUUGCCACAGUCGCUACAAUCAGGUUGCCACAGGCGCUACAAUCAGGUUGCCAGAGGCCGCCGACAUUAUCGUUAUUUAAAUUCCACUCGUUUUCCCAGGAGACCAUCACGGAGUCUAAAUAUAUUUAUCUUUCAGGAGAGUCCCGUCAAGUUUUUGCAGCAGGGCGCAGACGCACUAUGUAAUCCCAAUUUAAUACAUUGUCAGCACUGGGUUGUUUGGCUAGCACCAGUCACGUUCAUCUAUUGUUUAUAGCAACGGGAAGAAACUGGAUAACCCAAAAGAAAUCCAUCCAGGACACGGGGGCGAACAUAAAAAAAAAACUCUACACGGAAAGGCACCCAAGUCGGGAAUCGAAUCCAGGCCCUUCCUGCUGUGAGGCACAAGAGCCACCACUGCACAUGAAAGGGACGCGACCCUCGAUUAAAGGAAGCGGUCACAAUUGCCGCAAAUGUAUUACAAAAAACUUAAAGCAACCAUCCGCCAUAUCCCCAAAUUGCCCCCCUGCCACCCUUCCCUGUGGGGGGUAGCUAGGGAAGAGUUCGUGAGAUGGGGCGGAGGCAUAGCAUAUGGUGAGGGACCCUUUAUGGUCGGUUUGCAAUACAGUCGCUUGUGGUAAAUUGGCAGUAGUUUGGGGGUAAAUCUGCGAUAGUUUUCAUUAAUUAGAGCCCAAAGGUAGGAAUCCACACAAGGCACAUUCAAAUGUAAUAUAUUUGAUGUAUGUACAACAUAACUUUAAUGAAAAUGAUGAACAGUCGACAACGCUGAGAUUGAAAAAUCUGGAAAUGGCAUUUUGCUAAUGCAUGUUUAAACACGUGGCCCCGACCCUUCAAAAAUUACAAUGAGAAAAAAAA